UUUUUUUUUUGGAUUGUCCCCUCACGGCGGUUGAGCCAUGGUGAACACCAAGGGUUACCGGAGAGGAACGAGGUACCUCUUUGCGAGGGGCUUUAGGAAGCAUGGUGUGGAGCACCUGUCCACAUACCUGCGGGUUUUCAAGAGGGGAGAGUACGUUGACAUCAAGGGCAAUGGAGCCUUCCAAAAAGGCAUGCCACACAAGUUCUACCAUGGAAAAACUGGCCGGGUCUACAACGUGACACCUCGUGCACUUGGUGUUACCGUCAACAAGCGUGUCAGGCAUCGCAUCAUCCCCAAGCGCAUCAAUGUGCGUGUCGAGCAUGUGAAGCACUCCAAGUGCCGGCAAGACUUUCUGGAGAGAGCCAAGAACAACGGCCAAACUUAUCUAAAAUCGAUAUCAGCACCUUGAGGAUGAAUCGAAAGG